AUGGUUCGCUCCGGCCACGGGAUGGAGACCACCUUCUAUGACGAGCAGUACCCCCUCAGCGGACCCGUCGAAAACCUCAAGAGGUCACUGACGUUAGAUCUGGAUUUCGGGCGGGCCAAGCGGCUGAGGAACGGCGCGCCCGUGCUGUCCUCGCCCGACCUGCAGCUGCUGAAGCUGGGCUCCCCGGAGCUGGAGAAGCUGAUCAUGCAGAACGGCAUGAUCACGACCGCGACGCCGACCCCGGGCGGGCCAGUGUUGUUCCCCCCCGCGGCCCCCACCGAGGAGCAAGAGAUGUACGCGCGGCCAUUCGUCGAGGCGCUAGACAAGCUGCACCACAGCAGCGAGCCCGCGCCUAACGCGCGCAUCAUAUACGCGGACCUCGACCGGCCGCUGGAGCGGUUCCCCACACCGGUCGUAAAAGACGAGCCCCAAACAGUUCCCAGUGCCACCAACUCGCCACCCUUGUCCCCCAUCGAUAUGGACACGCAGGAGAGGAUAAAGUUAGAACGCAAAAGACAGAGGAACCGAGUGGCCGCGUCCAAGUGCAGACGGCGGAAGCUGGAGCGCAUCUCUAAACUGGAGGAGAAAGUGAAACUGCUGAAGGGCGAGAACGCGGAGUUGGCGCAGAUGGUCGUGAAGCUGAAGGACCACGUCUCGCGGCUGAAGCAGCAAGUGCUGGAGCACGCCAACGGCGGCUGCCACAUCGACACGCACUUCUGA